AUGAAGAUUUCUACUAUCAUCACCAUCGCAGCCGUUGCUGUUGCAGUCAGCGCCAAGUCUUACGAUCAACAGAUCACAUGUGCCGCUAAAGGAUUCACUGGAAAGUCAUACGACGAACACAAGGUCUGCUGCAAGUAUUCAGGUAACUGUGGAGAUCUAUACAAAUGCACGGAGAGCUUUUGUGGUCUAUCCGGCCACUCUGGCCGCCAUGGCCGCGGUAGUUCUGGUACCUCUGGCAUGUCUGGCGACUCUGAGAAGUCUGAUAUGUCUGAUAUGUCUGAGAAGUCUGAGAAGUCUGACAUGUCUGAGAAGUACGACACGACUGAGAAGUCUGACAUGUUUGUGAAAUCUGACAUGUCAGAGAAGUCUGACAUGUCAAAGAAAUCUAAUAUGUCUGAUAUGUCUGAUAUGUCUGAGAAAUCUUAUAUGUCUGAGAAGUCUGAUAUGUCUGAGAAGUCUGACAAAUCUAUGUCCGGCGUGUCUGGUAGCACGGAUAAAUCUGGUAGUUCUAGUAGCUCUGGCAACGCCAGUUACGAUUGCAAGAUCACUUGCGCCGAGAAGCGUGUACGUGUCCCCGAUGCUCUUCAGGGUUCUAUCCAUGAGGACAAAGAGUGCUGCGAAUGGUCUGGUAAGUGUGGUGAAUUGAACAAAUGCACUCAGUCAUACUGUGAGAAGGAUGCCGCCCCCUCAGACAUUUAUAACCAAUACGAUUUCCAGUUCUAAGUUUACUGUUUAGCUUAGAUGAGAUGCUUUAUCAUGCGGUAAAACGAUGUUGAAUAAAAUUAGAAUCCCCAGAUUAUAAUCUGCAGAUUCAUAACACAGAC